AUAAAGUGAGGCGAAGAUCCUAAGGACAGCAAGAUGUCAUAGCACUUGCGAAAAACGGAUGUGUAUUCUUAUUUUAGGGGUUGCUUUAAGUUGUUUUUAUGUUGACGAUUCUGAAAACGUGGUACCCAAGUAAGAGUCAUAUAAAGAAAACACAAGGAUUCCGAGACAAGGGCCAAAAAAAGGACUUAUUAUCAGGCAUUUCACAGCAUUUUAUGUGAAGUUUAACAGGAUAUCUCAAAGUGAAAUAUACUGUCAGAUAUUCUCUCCUGCGUCGCUCAGAAAUAAUGCGGAUAUCUGAAACUCAUGUCGAACGACUAUGAAGAGCUAGCCACUAUGAUAGCCGCGGGGGAAUUGCAGUCAUUUGUCCCGUUUGGCGUGAGCAGUGCAAUAACCACCCGAACGCUGUAAACCUGCAGCUGCAAGCCUCUAAGCUCAGGUCCUCAGACAGAAGGUCCCCUCCAUGAUGUCACUACAGCAGAAGGUGAGGAAGUGUUGGUUGCUGAGAAAGGGUUCCAGUGUGGACAGUGAUGAGAAUGAAGAGGAGCUCUAUGCAGCAGGAAACAUGGUCAUAUGGAGCAGAGGGAGCAAGAGUCAAGCUUCCCAUGUUUACAAGGUUUUCACUGUGGGCAGUCCAGUACUACAGGAUGUUAUGGAACAGAUUGUGUGUAUUGUCCCGAGGAGCUGUGUGAAUGUGCACAGUGUGACACCGAAGGACUUAAUCUCCCCUCUACACUUUCAGGGAACCUCUUCCCACUGUAUAUGCAGUAUGCUGCACCCUCUGGAUGAGAGUGGUGUGCAGACCUACAGGUCUGUUCGAGGCUGCCUGUGUGCAAUACGUCUCUGACAGCACCAUGAAAAUCGUCUUCUUCAACGGCAAGCCCUCCAUAGUUAUAUGACACCGUGCAGGGCAUACAAUCAGUCACUCUAGAUGUAAGACAACAUGCAAGAACAACCCCUUGUGUUAAUAAUGUUUAAUGCUUCCUUCAUGAUUUUUCAGUGGUAAAAAAAUGUAUUAUUCAUGGCAAAAAUUGAAUUUAAGAAUAGAAUUCUCAUCAUGGCAUUAGUGAUGACUCAAAGGCCUAUCUACAAUCCCUUAGAGUGGACUUAAAUUGGUCUGACCAGGGCCAGGGAUAGUUCACCCAAAUUUCAAAAUGAAACAUUGGUUUUCUUACCCUGUAAGCAAUCUAUGGACAAGGUAUCACAGCAAUCUAUGCUCUGGUUUUAUUUCCCUGGCACUGUUUUCAAAUGCUAAUGUUUUAGAAUUUGUGGCACAAAUCCCAUUCAGGUCAUGGUACCGAUAUUAGCAUUAUUCGCACAUCAUGUCCAAAUCAUCCGAAACUAUGUCAAAUUGAUUGUGACGCCCAACAAAGGCCCUUAAAGAUGAUUUGAAUAUCAUGUGCAAUGAUGAUUAAUAUCAGUAUCAUGACUUGAAUGGGAUUCCAUGGGAUGAUGCAUUCUGAGGAUGGGUGAGCCUAGUAUGUUGAUAUUUGUUGCUUACUGCAUUUGCUUUUAAUAAACAGUAUGUCUAAA